AAGCUGGACGUUGAGUCAAGAAUACGGCCUGAUCAUAGACGGCUUGACGCUGUCGCUGAUAUUCAACCCUUCUCAGGACUCUAGUUCUAGUAAUUACAAAAACAUAUUUCUACAAAUCUGCUUGAAGUGUACUGCAGUCCUCUGCUGCCGGAUGGCUCCUUUGCAGAAAGCACAGAUUGUGCGAAUGGUGAAGAACACGAAAGGGAGCCCGAUAACUCUCUCCAUAGGGGACGGUGCAAAUGAUGUCAGUAUGAUUUUGGAAGCACACGUUGGAAUAGGCAAAGAAGGACGGCAGGCUUCCAGAAACAGCGACUAUGCUGUGCCAAAGUUUAAACAUUUAAGAAAAUUGCUACUAGCACACGGGCAUUUAUAUUACGUGAGAAUAGCACACCUUGUACAGUAUUUCUUCUAUAAGAACCUUUGCUUCAUUUUACCGCAGUUUUUGUACCAGUUCUUCUGUGGAUUCUCACAGCAGCCGCUGUACGAUGCUGCUUAUCUUACCAUGUACAACAUCUGCUUCACAUCACUACCUAUCCUGGCGUACAGCCUCCUGGAGCAGCAUAUCAACAUCGACAGGCUGACCUCAGAUCCACAGCUGUACAUGAAGGUUUCAGAUAACGCAAUGCUGCAGUGGAGGCCGUUCCUGUACUGGACCUUUCUGGGCGCCUUUGAAGGACUCGUCUUUUUCUUUGGGGUUUAUUUUCUCUUUCAAAAUUCAUCGCUGGAAGAUAACGGAAAGGUUUUUGGGAACUGGACCUUUGGGACGAUUGUUUUCACCGUGCUGGUGUUCACCGUUACUCUGAAGCUAGCAUUAGAUACCCGAUUCUGGACGUGGAUGAACCACUUUGUGAUUUGGGGCUCCCUUGCCUUCUAUGUGUUUUUCUCGUUCUUUUGGGGAGGAGUCAUUUGGCCUUUCUUGAAGCAGCAAAGAAUGUAUUUUGUAUUUGCCCAUAUGCUGACUUCUGUUUCCACGUGGCUGGCAAUAAUUCUCCUGAUCUUUAUCAGCCUUUUCCCUGAAAUUCUUCUAAUAGUUUUAAAAAAUAUAAAAGAGAAAAAUCAUCAGACUGGGUCCUUUGAUCUGCCUAUGUUAGUCUCAUACAAACGUAUAGAGAAUGGUUAUGUGAAGACUGAAGAUGCUCUUACUAAUAUGGCAGAAAGAUAUCCUCUCAGGAUACUUUAAAGUGCUCCAUACAAACACUGC